AUGGAGGACGUGAACGUUGUCAUUGAAGAGUCCAACGACCGGCUCACUGAUGGCCCCAUGAACGAAUUCCUUGGCGUUUUUCUCUUUGUGAUGGCAGGGUUUCUCCUGUGUGUUGUUCUGCUCGGAUUUGCCUAUUGGCGACAGCAUAGAAACGGAGGAGGGCAUCAGAUUGCACAUUCCUCAGAAGAAUUCAACGAUCCUUCACAUGAAAGUGUUUUGAAGGGACUUAUUGUCUUUAGAUGGAAUGCGAACAGCACGGUAGAGCUGGGACAAGAAAGCUCAAAGCCACCUGCCUGUGCUCUGUGCUCCAAGGCAUUCCAACGAGGUGAAGAGAUUGGCAAGUCCAACAAUCCAGAUUGCAAUCAUGUGCAUCACGGAGAUUGCCUGGUGCAUUGGUUGCAGCUGCAGAACACAUGCCCAACCUGCAAUAAGCCAUAUGUUCUCAUGGAAAAGGUAUAG